AUGCAUCUUAUCAAGUCAGCGGUUACUACCAAUAGUCACAUACUUUCAAUACAUGAAGAUGCCCUUGUCUCUCGGUCAACGAGAUCUAAGACAAUACAAAAUCUCCAACAAAAUAGACGACAAACAAUAGAAAAUAGUAUUAAUAUAUCAACUUGUGAAUCCACUGAAGCACUAAUGGAAACUCUUGAUAAUAAAUCUGUUAAAAAAUCGAGUCCUCACGAAGGUUAUGUGUUAGUGACUGGUGGUGCUGGUUACAUUGGCAGUCAUACCGUUUUAGAACUUUUAAUAUGUGGGUAUAAUGUUGUUGUUGUCGAUAAUUUGUCGAAUUCAUGUGAAGAAUCAUUAAUUCGCGUUCAAACACUUGCAAAACGACCAUUAAAAUUUCACCACGCAAAUAUUUUGGAUGAACAGACAUUAAUCCCAGUAUUUGAAAAAUAUGAUAUUUGGGCUGUUUUACAUUUUGCUGCUCUUAAAGCUGUUGGAGAAUCAACAAAAAUUCCACUUGAUUAUUACUUGAAUAAUGUGACGGGUUCUUUAAAUUUGUUUAGAGUAAUGGAACGAUAUGGUGUCUAUAAUAUAGUAUUCUCUAGUAGUGCUACUGUAUAUGGUCAACCAGAUACAAUUCCUGUAAAUGAGAAAUGUAGUUUGGGCCCAGUGACAAAUCCAUAUGGCAAGACGAAAUUAUUUAUAGAAGAGGCAAUACGAGAUAUGUGCGCAGCGAAUAAUAAAUGGAAUGCCAUACUUUUAAGGUAUUUCAAUCCUACGGGUGCCCAUCCAUCUGGUAUUAUUGGAGAAAAUCCUCGUGGUAUUCCAAAUAAUUUAAUGCCUUAUGUAAGUCAGGUUGUUCAAGGUCGUUUACCUUUUGUUAAGAUCUUUGGCGGAGAUUAUGACACAGUUGAUGGUACAG